CCCGAGAACACCCGCGCCCACACGCGCUCUACUCUACAGCUUCUUAAAGCUGCCAGAGUACACAAGAGGCUCUCCGUCUCCAUACGCCUCCUAAUGCCCAUGAUGCCCGCGCCGUCGCUCUCCAUCCAGGUGCAUCCCAGUCUCCAGACCGUCUACGUCCGCAUGAAGGACCGGUCGGGCACCGUCGCUAUCGAUAUGACGCCUUCUCUGUUGUCCCCCAAGGAGCUCAUCGUGCGCUUCCACGAACAAGCGUUCGGUAAGAGCUUUGCAGCGUUCGCAGCCAAUUCAAGUCUGCUAGCUCGUCGUCGCAAUGAAGAGACGCCUGUUACCAGUCUCAACGAUCUACAGGACGGCGAAGUGCUGGUCUAUAAACCAUGUGAGGAGCUACGCACUCUGGUAGAACAGGGAUGUAUCACCCCCGUACUCGCGACACACUCCCCAGUAGUGGACGUGAGUCCGUCCAGCUCCCCUCUAGGACUCAAACGCAAGGGACGUGCCAAGUCCGUCACCAACAACGUCGAACGAGUGCACCGAUACGCAUCAGAUCUGGCCAAGAUGGACGUGUCCCCUAAAGAGAGAGAACUCAUCGAAGACAUGCUUAUUGUGGGCGACGAGCAGGUCGUUGACGCCAUGGAACAGUUCGUCGUACACCGGAACCCAGCACUAGUGCGACGGGUACUGCGCGGUCCCGCUGCUAAGAGGAAAAAUGCGGCGCUAGACAACCUCUCAAUUGAUUUCUCCUCCAUGGACAUGCACUCGCCCGCCGUGCCCACAUCAGGCGACGACUUUAGCGAUCCGUUCCUCGUAGGAGGACAGAAUUCCUUCGUACAGGCCGAACCGCAACGUCCGUCCAUGAUGAACGUGGACGACCACACGUCGACCGACGGAGGCCGUCCGUCGCUCCUGUUCGACGACAACGCGUUGUCCAGUCCGCCAAUCUUCCUACAGUCUAUUAAGGAGAAGGUGACACCUCCAUCCGGACAGUCGGCACGGAUGUCGCUGUCGCUGUCGAACGACCUGGACCCAAGUAGGAAUGCACAGACGCCCAGCCAGCUCUUCUCGGUGGCGAAUCUGCUGGACAACGUGCCUGUCGCGCGUGAUUUCCAUGAGAAAUACACAAUUGGAGCCGUAUUAGGGUCGGGCAAGUACUCGGUGGUGAAGCGGUGUAUUAAACAGGCGACCGGCGAGCAGUUUGCCGUCAAGAUCAUCGACAAGAGACAGAUGAUCGAAGUGCGGUUCCUUAAGAGGGAGCUGGAGAUUAUGUAUGGGCUGCGUCAUGAUGGCGUCGUGCGGCUGAUGGAGCUAUUCGAGAGCAACGAGAGCCUCUUCCUGGUUAUGGAGCUGUGCGGACAAGAACUGUUCGAGUUUAUCGACCGGAACGGGCCUCUACCCGAGUCUACUACACGUCCGUUAAUCCGGAAACUGGUGCGUACAGUCGCGUACUUGCACGCACAGUGCAUCGUACAUCGCGACAUCAAACCGGAGAACAUUCUACUGCCCCAGAACAGCCAAGACUUGAGUGAUAUUAAGCUCUCGGACUUCGGUAUCGCCCGGAAACUGGACGGACACGGACACGAUAAUGUACUCACACCACAUGAAAGUCUGUCGGAGGUGGCAAACCUGCACGACGCGCCGGCUGCGAGCACCACGGGCUUGCCGUCAGCCACAGAUAUGGUGCGUAACCGCAUGGCGCGAGCUCACACCAAGUGUGGCACACGCGACUACAUUGCGCCUGAGGUUAUGGGCGGCAAAGGCUACGGCACGGAGGCCGAUUUGUGGAGCGUAGGCGUCGUGACGUACGUGCUGGCCAGUGGCUGUGCGCCCGUGUUCCUGCCGACAGCUGAAGGCGUCAAGAAGGUCUUUUUCGCGGACGAGACGUGGAGUGGCGCGUCCGAAGACCUCAAGCGGUUCAUUGAGGCGCUACUGGUGCGUAACCCGGAGAAACGAAGCACUGCCGCUGACGCAUUGGAACAUCCGUGGCUCAAACAGUAA